UUAAGAUUCUGCUGCCCAUUAGCGUGCGUUGCGCCUUUCAUUUCAUGGCCACACAUUGCGAAUUUUAUUUUUAUUUUUAUUUUUGCGAGCAAAGAGGAAAUUAGUUGAUUGUGAUUUGUGAGUCCUAGAGCCUUGCUAUUACGAAUGACCUGCGGUAAUUUUCAGCAUAGUCCUUCUGGUGGCACUGACGAUUUCCUGCACACCAGCAUGCACUUCUGUGCUCAUAUAAUUUAGCACGUUUGUUGUUGAGUAGUUGAGAGUUGAGGAUAAGAACAUGCCAGCUCAUAUGUUGUAGUAGUUUGAUGUUGUUUGGGUGAGCAUUUAGUCAAGAUGCGGAUGGCAAUGGAACCUUGCUAGAUUGGAUUCUUCAAAUGCUGUACUGCUCCGUAAUUAUUUGUCAAUUGAAGCAACCGAUAUUGUACGGUUUAGUAGGUCAGAGACUCUACGUUUCCUAGGCAUGUUUUAAUUUUGAUCUCGCCCUCACUCCCUGAAUUGACAUGAAGUAUAAUAUUUCCUAGAUAGGCUACAUUCCUUAGCAAGUCGAUUUGUCGCUGAAUUGACAGGUAUAAUAUUUCCUAGAAGCCUAGCCUUUCUUUUCAGCCCUUUUCAGGAAGAAAUUGUGCUAAAGCUUGCGUGAUAUGAUGGUGUCUUACUGAGGACUCCGUCUUUACGGUUUUUUAGCUGGAAAGUUCCUAAUCCAGGUUGUUUAGUAAAUAUAGCUGAUGGAGGGCGGUGAUGGAAAGACUAGACACAUUCUCUGUCAAUGGAAAUUUCAAGGUAGUAAUCUCAGUAUCAUGAGCAGUAACUAUAUCGGGUUUAAGAUUCGGUAAGUCCAGAUACAUUGUAUCAAGUCCUUGCAGUUUAAUUGGAUAUUCCUGACUGUCGGUAAUUGAAAUGGUUAGUGCUUUUCCGUGGUAUACUAUUUACGGUUAAAUGGAUUAUGCUCAUCAUAGCAAUAUUACAUCAUAUGUAUCACCGGAUCGAUGUUGUUUUCAUGUUACAGCGCGAGGCCAUCCUCCGUGUCGGCAGAUUGUGUUGUAUAAAGUAAAUCCAUAGACGUGUAAGCUGUCCUUGCCGUCACUUCGGAACAGAAAUUAUAUCAUCAGCUUGUUUUCUUCUCAUUUGAUGACUAGGAUUUGAGGUGUUUACCAGGUUAUGCUGUUAGUAGUUCCCAUUUGUUUCACAUCUCAUUGAAAAAAAAAACACAGUUUUGUUACAGGAUGACUAUAUUGUUUGGUGGAACAGUACAUGAAAAUUACUGACAGUGACUACUGUUUCCCUAUAUCUUAUCACUUGGUUAUGUGUUGUACUGUCUUUGAUAUAGACUUACAACUGUAGGGGGACAAAACUCCCCGGUUGGUUGCGUGAAACCCAUGACUAACUACAUGUUCAAGGAAGAUGAUGUAUGGGAUGGUUGGUAUGGUCCUAUGUGUUUGUGGAUCCUUCUCUCAUAAGUGCUGAUAUUGAUAAGAUUAAUACACAUGUACGUAUGGCAGAAGUGUACUGUUCAGUUAAAUUCUUCUGUGCUGUGAGAACCUGGCAGAGCCGCAAAACCCAGCAUUUUAAAUAACAGUCUCAGCGAGCACAGACACUGAAUGUUUUGGCGCAGACUACACCACUGGGACACACUGGCCAUGCCUGAUUUCCCUAAAAUGCUACGUGUAGCGUAUCCUGUGCUCAGAUCAUAAUCUCGGUUCAUACAAACAUGUUACAAAUGCAGCUUGCAAUAGACAUAUGCAGGUAAGAGGGUUCCCCAUGGUUUGGUCAGCUAUAUGCACUAUUGGUGACGAAGUGGCUGAUGGAAUCGUUGCGUAAGGCAGCAUACCUGUAUGCCCCUGUGGGAAAUGGAAGCAACAGCAGCCAUACAGGCAAAAGUGUAAGUCUGCAGCAAGUAGCAGAUGGGGAGGCAGCCGUGCUGUGACAAGCAGGGGGUGAAGCGGGGGCCGUGGACCGCGGAGGAGGACAAUAAGCUUGUCAGCUUCAUCCUGACACACGGUCGAUGUUGCUGGCGAGCGGUGCCUAAGCUGGCGGGGCUGCUGCGCUGUGGCAAGAGCUGCCGGCUACGGUGGACUAACUAUCUUCGCCCUGACUUAAAGCGUGGUCUUCUCACUGCUGAUGAGGAGCAGCUAGUUGUCGACCUCCACGCAAAGCUCGGCAACAGAUGGUCCAAGAUUGCUGCCGAGUUACCCGGGAGAACAGACAACGAGAUAAAAAAUCACUGGAACACACACAUCAAGAAGAAGCUCUUAAAGAUGGGCAUUGACCCAGCCACACACCAGCCUCUGGCAAACACCAAGGCGGCUAGCCCAAUAGGGACUACAUCGCGAACCACAUCAGGCAAAUCUAGCAACACAGGAAAUUAUCUGGAUUACAAGGAGCCCUGCUGUGAAGGCGUGUCAAUGCCCAUGGAUUCAUCAGAACAGUCGAGCAGGAACACAAGCGGUGACAACCAGGAUCCAUUUGUGAAGUGGCUGUUAGAGGAAGAGCUGCCCGUCGAUGAGCCAUGGCUUAGUUUUGCGAGCAGCAAAGAUGACGAGUUCGGCAGCAUUACAGGGCAGUUACUGUGGGAUGGAACGACAGAUUGGUUGCUUGAUUACCAAGACUGUGGCAUCGGCGACUCAAGCUUGGUUGACCAAGAUUUUGGCAGGGGUGACUAGAGUUUGAUUGUCUGUCCAACGGUUCUCAGCUCAUACGGAUCAAAAUGUUAGAUUUAAGAUAAAUAUAGAUUACGAGUGACAAAUAGGUGUAGAAGACUGCGAAUAGGCAGCAAACUGCACCUGUCUAAGGGCCUUUUUGUUUGGACUUCUAGGUGCUUAGGUACUUUCCACAGAAUAAAGCAGGGGAAACGAAACAAAGAGGCUCGUUG